CAGUCUCCUCCCGUCUCAUAAAAUCCGCUGCGCCAUUUCCUUAGAAACAAAAAUGGCAGAGAAGAAGGCAGAAACGGGAAAUAAAAACGCGAAGAAGGCGAAUCUCUUAGAUCACAGCUCCAUCAAACACAUCCUCGAUGAAUCCGUCUCCGAGAUGGUUAAGAGUCGUGGACAUGUUGAAGAUUUGAGGAUGAGCAAUAUCAGGUUAUUGAUCGGAACUGUUAUUAUUGUAAUCGCUCUUGUUGCUCAAUUUUACAAAAAGAAGUUCCCCGAAAACCGUGAUUUCCUCAUCGGUUGCAUCGGAUUAUAUGUAGUCUUCAAUGGAGUACUCCAGCUGAUCAUGUACACAAAGGAAAAGAAUGCCAUUCUCUUUACUUAUCCUCCUGCUGGAUCCGUCACCAGCACUGGUCUGGUGGUCUCCUCAAAGUUGCCAAGAUUCUCUGAUCUUUAUACCCUUACGAUAGCGAGUGCAGAUCCCAAGUCAAUCUCUGCAGGGAAAACGGUCGAGUUGACCAAAAGUGUUACCCAAUGGUUCACCAAGGACGGAGUAUUGGUGGAGGGCCUAUUCUGGAAAGACGUCGAAGCACUAGUAAAUGAUUAUGCAGCAGAACCAAAGAAAAAGAAGUGAUCUUGGUAACUAGAUAGUAAGCCUAAUACUCAUAAGUUACUGGUUACCCCGCGAAUUCUGAUAGGUUCAUAACAUUAUUGGUCUUGUGUUUGAGGAUUUUAAACUGAAUGAGCUUUGCCCGAGGAUUAGAAGACAGUUUUC